AUGCCCUCACAUCAGAGAGAAAACAGAUCUCGCGCUGCAGAUGCGCAAAGACGGGAUACUUCUGCUGCUGCUGCUUCCGGCUCUAGACAAUCUCAGGACUCUUCUGCCUUCAGGGGCAGCGUGGCUCGCAGCCACAGCAUAGAGCCCUGGGACACCGCGGAGACUGGCCGCAACAAGCGAGGUGCUGCAGCAGGACCUGCUGCAGCAGCAUCAGCAGCAAGUGCAGCUGCCUCUGGCAGCAGCAACAGACGUGAAAGCAGGAGGAAUCGUCAUGGAGCUGCAGCUGCCCCACCCGCAGCCGAUGGAAGCAGCAGCAGCAGCAGCAGCGGGAUAGUGAAUUAUUCAGGCGAGUCGCACAAACGUGCUGCGGGCGCCGGGACCCACGGAAGCAGCACCAACAGCAGCAGCAGGCAGCAGCAUGCGAGCGGGUCUGUGGGGCAGCGGCGCAGCAGCAACGUGAGUCAGGGGUCGAACUGCUCUGAGGAGGCAGAGGAGGAGGAGGCGACGUGUCCACUCUGUCUAGAGACGCUAGACGAGACAGACAGGGGUCUCUUCCCCUGCGAAUGCGGCUACCAGGUGUGUCUUUGGUGUCUGCACCACAUACGGGAUCACUUGGCGAACAAGUGCCCGGCUUGUCGCCGCGACUACGACGAGAAGAAGUUCAAGUAUGACCAGACGAAGGUCUUGGAACUGACCAAACAAAUAGGGCGCAAGUCAAGAGACAAGUUCUGUGGAGCCUCGGACCCAACGAGGAGCGGGAGCAGCGGCGGCGGAAGCAGCAGUAGCAGCAGUAGCAGCAGCAGCAGCAGCAGCAGCAGCCGCUCCGCCGGCGUCUCUGGAGCAUCAAGGGGAGGCGCCACGGGCGGCAGCUCCACAUCUGCCCACGGCAGCAGCAGCAGAAACGCUGCAGCGCAGCGGCAAGCAUCAGGGGCUAACCGUCGAGGCUCCCGUGAUACUGCAGCUCCAGCACCUGCACAAGCGGCAGCACUGAAGGACGUUCGCGUGAUUCAGCGCUGCUUGGUUUACGUUAUCGGCAUUCCCCCCUCAAUUGCAAAGAAGGAGAUUUUGCGUCGUCACGAGUUUUUUGGGCAGUACGGCAAGGUUCUUCAGAUUGUCGUGAAUAAAAACCAAGGUCACUGGGGGGGGCCGUCGUUUGCAGUGUACGUUACGUAUUCUUCUAGCAAAGAGGCGAUAGCGGCGAUUCAAGGGGUGGACGGCGCGGUGUACGAGGGGCGGACCUUGAAGGCCUCCUUUGGCACCACAAAGUACUGCUCGCACUUCCUUAAGGGUGUUAAGUGCCAAAACCCCGACUGUUCGUAUCUGCACCAGCUGGGAUCUGGAAAGGACAGCUUCACCAAGGAGGCGAUGAUUAGCGCGAAGCACCAGUUCCUCGACUUGACGAUACCCAGCAAUUCCGAACGAAAACAAACGGGGAGUCUCUUCGGAAAAGUGCAGGAUGCGGCAGCCCGCAGCAGCAGCAGUGGCGGCGGCGGCGGCAGCGCGCACAAGGAAGACAAGGAGGCUUACGGAGACACGGCAGCACCGAACGGAGCAGUCAAGGGGGGAGGCAGUGAGAGCGACGACUCGGACGAAUUCUCUUCGGCUGCAUCCCCAUCGGGAAGCGCAGCCAAAGGCGGAGCAGCACUUGCAGCAACAACACCGGGUGUUGCAUCUGCUGCUACGGCUUCUUCCGUCGCAGCAGGACCAGCAGCUGCUGCGGAAGGCGAGGAGGCGCACACCACCGUCGGAGCCAAGUCAAGAGCAAAACCCCAGUCUACUUGCUGCAGCACCUGGGCCUCAGUUGCAGCAGGAAGUGUCAAGCCCAGUGCUGCUGCAGCAGCAAAUGCAGCAGGCGCAGCAUCUGCUCGAGAGGUAAGUCCCAGUGGUAGCGCUGCCAGCGGAAGCCAACGGCAGCAGCAGCAACAGCCGCCGCAGCAGCGGCAGCAUCAACAGCAACAGCAAACGCAGCAGCAGCAGACGCAUCCGGCGCAGCAAACGCAGCAUGCGGCUUCCCCUCGUGCUGCAAGCGCGCCACCUCGACAGAAGCAGCACGAGCAGCAGCAGCAGCAACAGCAGCAUGAAGCGGAGGAACAGGAGUCAGAAGAUGAAAGAGGUGACAGAGAAAAGAAUAGAAGGCGGCUGUCUAGCGAGUGCUCCUCCAACACAAGCGAGGAGAGGAGUGCAGAGGAUGCUUCGUCUGCUCCUGACUGCUGCACAGCAGAAGGCCCUGGGGUUGCGGCAGCCCCCACAGUGGCUGGGAGUGAUGCUGGUGGGGGAGCCGUUGUCCCUGAAUCAGCUGCUGCGAAGUCAGAGGAAACACAAAAGCCAGUGGCUUCCGAGAGCCCCACAGAUGACAGCAGCUAUCACCAACCGCAACAACAACAACAGUCGCCGCCGCCGCAGCAGCAGCAGCAUAAACCACCAGAGCAAUCGGAUAUUACUGAACAGCCCACAGGCUGGCCACCGCUGCAUGUAGAUUUGCAGGCGGUGGCUGCAGGCCGUCAAGGGGCCCCUCUCGAUCCACUUGGGUCCAGUUGGGUUCCCGCUGUUGCUGCUGCUGCUGCGCCUGGUGCUGGUGUCAGCGAGUGCCCGCAACAGCUGCAUACGUUGCUUCCAGCCCAGCUACAGCAGCGCCUAGUGCAGCAAAUGGAGCAGCAGCAGCGACGCUUUGGCGGCCUGCAGCUUGAGAGCAACACAGCGCAGUUGAUUGGUCUGGAGUCAUCUUCCUUCUCAGCAGAACAGCUCAUGCAGCAGCAACAGCAGCAACACCAACAACAGCUACUGAUGCGUCUCUAUGCGCCGGCCUGCAUGGCUCCCGCAGCGGACAGUGUGGGGCCCGGAGGUGGCAGGUUUGGCCCGCCUCCAGGCCUCGAAGCAAUGGGGGGACCCAAAAGGUUUGGCGGGAUCAGCAGCAGCAACAACAGCAGAUAUAACUUCAGCAACGGCGCAUUUGAUGCCUCGGGCAAUCUUCUUGAACAGCUGGGUGUUGCUGCUGGCGCUGCUAGUGUGCCGUUUGCUGGGGUGCCGGUAGCCGCAUCUUCCAGCAGCAGCGGCAACAGCAACAGAAACAACAGCAGUUCUUGCUUUGCCUUUGCGGCUAGAGGGGAUGACGACGAAGAGGCAGUGUUUGAGAUUCCUGGGAUUGAGGAUUGCGUGCAGUGGCUCGCAACCCCCAGCACAGCUGCAGUGGCUGCAGCUGCAGAAAGCCAAACGCCGGCAGAUCAUCUCCACCAGCAGCAGCAACGGCAGCAGCAGCAGGGGGCUCUUCUUCCCAACACGGAACGGCCGUCUCUCUUGAAUACAGGUGGUGGGCAGGAGCAAGUACCUGCGCCGAUCGACGGAAGCUGGGCGCAACGACAGCAGCCGCAGCAGCAGCACAAGGAUUUCGUCUUUGGGCCUGGUGGGGGGAUAGCUUCGCUGCCUACACUACAGCAGCAACAGCAGCAGCAGCGCCACCCCGCAGACUGGUGGCGAAGCUUCCAACACUCUCCACCGAUGAUGCAGCAGAAAGCUGACCUCAGUAGCAGCGCCGGCGCUGCUGCUGCUGCUGCUGCUGCCUUUAAUCGUCUCGAUUCGCAGAGUUCCCGUAGGGCAGGCGGGUGGAACACCCGCGACGCUUUUAUUGGACACGAGCAGCAGCGACAGCAACAGCAGCAGCAGCACCACAUGUUGCAGCACGAGCAUCUGCAGCAACUUCUUCGUCAGCAGCAACAGGGGGUUCUACAACAACACCAGGCGCACACCCGAGUGCGGGCAGCAGGGGCCCCAACGGAGCAGCAGCUCCAUCAGCAGUCGCAGCUGGUGCUACAGCAGCAAGAGCAGGAGCGCCAGCUAGCUCUGCUACACCAGCUAAUGCCUACACAGUCCGUUGGUCGUGGGGCCACGGAUGAUCCAGAAGAGGCGAUGAAGCUUUUGCUGUCUCUCAUGCCCAACACCCUUGAUCAGACCCAACGAAUGGCUCCGCUUCCGCAGCAGCAGCAGCAACAGCAGCAGCAGCAACAGCACUUGAGGUACGGCGACAGCACCGCCCCCAGCUUCCCCAUCAGUGCGUCUGGGAGUCGCAACGCCGAUGCUCUCGCUCGCCUAUUGGCGGCAAGGGGAGGGUCUGCGUCGGCGCUGCCUCGAGGUCAAGUGGGGGCAACUGUGGGUCCCCUGGGCAGGGCUGUGGUGGAGGCCCACGACGGCAAUUGGGGGGAACCCGUUUCAGCAGCAGCAGCAACAGCAACUGCAGCUGUUCCUGACAGCGGCCACGGCAGAUCGGCCCCUCGCAAGCGGUCUGUUUCCUCGGCGGACGUCGAAGACAGAGGCGGUGGACCGGCCUGUGGGUUCUACUCUCAACUGGGGUCGCACAUGCCGGAGCUGCAACAGUUCCCCCCAGGCGCAGAUGCCCGCGGGAGCCCCACGGGGCCCCCGGGGCCCCCCGGGGCCCAAGGGUCGCCAGGGGGCCUCUCUGAGGCGGAUUCCGUGCCACCCGUAGGCGUUCCACCGUCGCUCCCAUCUGGAAACGAUUUGCUGCCAUUCCUACAGGGACGGAGAAUGCAACAGAUCCCGCAGCAGCAGCUGCAGCAACUUCAGCGAGCUCUCGAGUCUCAACGGCUGGAGUGA